UAAAAGCUUUGUGGCCCGCGCUCACCUCAGCACUUCCAUCACCAUGAGGGCGACAGUGGCAGCUCUCGUCCUGUGUCUUGUGGUGGCAGCAUGCCGCAGCCAGGAGACUCCACCUGGCCCUCCUGGACCAACUGAAGGGCCACAACCAACUGGACCACCUGGCCCACCAACUGGAGGUCCUGAACCAACUGGUCCACCAGGCACACCUACUGGAGGUCCUGAACCAACUGGACCACCUACUGGGGGUCCUCAACCAACUGGACCACCAGGCACACCUACUGGGGGUCCUGAACCAACUGGAGGACCCCAGCCAACUGGUGAACCACAGCCUACAGGCCCACCAGGGCCACCAUCUGGGGGGCUUUGGGUUUUUUGACUUGGUGGACUCUGAUGGUUGACAUUAUUGCAUCUGUGAAAUAUCUAAAGAGUUCAGACUUGAUAUUUACAAUUAACUGGAUCUGACUUCACUGAUGGAAGUGUUCUAUGAACCGCUUUGUAAAAUUUUUUGUCAUUAAAUGAGCAUCUAAAAAUCUC